AUGACUCAAGAAGAAAAUAAAGUAAUAUGGUCUUGGAAAUCAAAUAAGAAUCCAUGGUCAUUAAAAGAGCCUGAUGAAUGGACUCCAUUUUCUUCUAUAAAUAAUAGUCAGAUUGAACAAGCUUUUUUAGCAAAACGAAAUGAAAUAAUUAUUGAUAGAAAUUAUAAAAUUGAUUUUACUGCGUUUAUACAAACAAACAUAAUUGAUCCAGAUAAGCAACGACCUAUUCGACGAUGUUCAAAUGAUAAAUGUAUUAUAUCUCAUUAUCGUCGUGAACGUUUUAAUUUUGUUCAACCAAUAGAAUAUUCAAUAACAAAUGAUACUCCAUAUCAUGGAUCGACUUUUAUUACUGAUUGGUUAGUAAUGUUUACUAAAGCUACAUUAAAGAUAAAAUUAUCACAAUUAAUUGAUGCACUUAUCAAUGGAAUUUUAAUUGAAGGUGAAAUAGCCGGUAGUCUUGAUCAAGCUCAACAUUUAACAAAAGAAAUUCGAACAAUAAAAAAGAAAACUAUUGAAAGUUUACAACAAUGUUGUGCUCGAUUAUAUACAAAACCAUGUUUUUUAUUUAAAGUUGUUAAUGAAACAUUACGUGAUAAUGAUCAUACAAAAUUAACAACUCUUGGUCCAUUUUGUUAUCUUUUAUUUAAUUAUAUUGGUGAACAACAUGAUGAUUAUUUAUCAAUACGAAAACAAGUAAAACAAUUUAUUAAAUCUAAAAAACAUUAUCAAUUUAUAACUGUUUAUCGUGGUGAAGAAUUAGCUCUAAACGAAAUUGAUAAAUAUCAACAAGCUGUUGGAAAAGAUUUUUCGUAUAAAUGGUCAUCAUUUAUUUCAACAUCAAAAUCACGUCAAGUUGCAGAAAUGUAUGCUUCAAAUGUUUUAUAUGUUAUUGAAAUACAACGAAAAUUAUCAAGUGAUCAAUAUGUUGAUUUAUCACCUUUUUCAUAUGUUACAGAAGAAGAAGAAAUUCUAUUACGACCUGGUGUUCGAUUGAAAAUCGUUAAGUAUGAAUUCGAUUCAAGAACAAAACGAUAUAUUUUUUAUGUACAAAUUUUACCAUCAUUUAUAUCAAAUAUAACAUAG